AUGCAACUUUAUAAUUUAACGCUGCAGCAGAGCGAGGCCAUCACUUGCUCCGUCUUGGGAAACUUUUCUGGCAUCAAGUCUCAAGAAAUCGUAGUUGCGCACACUUCUGUUCUUGAACUGCUUAGACCCGAUCCUUCCACUGGGAAAAUAGUUUCUCUUUUAUCGCAUCAAGUGUUUGGUUUGAUUAGAUCUCUUGCUGCUUUUCGUCUGGCUGGUGCUUCUAAAGAUUAUCUGGUUGUUGGUUCUGAUUCUGGACGCAUUGUCAUUCUGGAAUAUAAUCCUGCAAAAAACACAUUCGACAAGGUGCAUCAGGAAACCUAUGGCAAGACUGGUGCUCGUAGAGUUGUUCCUGGUCAAUAUCUUGCGGCAGAUCCAAAAGGUCGUGCUGUCAUGAUUGGUGCUAUUGAAAAACAGAAACUUGCCUAUAUUCUCAACAGAGAUUCUUCUCUUAAACUCACCAUUUCCUCUCCUCUGGAAGCACAUAAAACUGCUAUAAUUUGCCAUGGAAUUAUUGGUGUUGAUGUUGGAUACGAAAAUCCCAUUUUUGCUAGCAUUGAAGUCGACUAUUCUGAUGCAGAUCAGGACCCUACUGGAGAAGCUGCUCGAGAUGCUGAAAAAAUGCUCACAUAUUAUGAAUUGGAUCUUGGAUUGAAUCACAUUGUUCGUAAAUGGACUGAAAAGAUUGACUUUUCUGCCAAUCAUUUAAUUGCUAUUCCCGGUGGUGAUGAUGGUCCAUCUGGUGUACUGGUCUGUUCUGAAGGAAGAAUCACUUGGAAGCAUAUGCAAAAACCCUCAUUUUGCGUUCCUAUUCCUCAAAGACCAGAUCCUCUCACAUCUGUCAUACCUGGCACCCAAAACAAGGUCAUUGUUGUUUCUAGUGUUGUUCACAGACUCAAGCGUGGAUUUUUUGUUCUUGCUCAAACAGAGGUUGGCGAUGUUUUCAAAAUCACUGUCGAGUGUACUGCCGACUCGAGCGGAAAUGCUGGCCAAGUUCAAGCCAUCAAAAUCAAAUACUUUGACACUAUCCCCGUUGCCGUUAAUCUAUCCUUGUUAAAAUCUGGAUUUCUUUUUGCUGCCAGUGAAUUUGGAAACCAUUAUCUGUAUCAGAUUGAGAACCUGGGUGAUGAUGACGAGUCUCAGGUCGAGUACAGCAGUGUGGAUUUUCCUCAAGGCGAUAGUCUUCCAGAUUCUGACAGUAUGCCUGUGGUUGCAUUCAUUCCUCGCGAACUUCGUAAUCUUGCACCUGUAGAUGAAAUGGAAUCCCUUUGUCCUUUGAUUGAUGCCAAGGUUUUGAACUUGACUGAUGAAAACUCUCCACAAAUCUAUGCUCUUUGCGGUCGCGGAUCAAGAUCCACAUUUCGAAUCUUGCGCCAUGGUCUAGAUGUAUCUGAGAUGGCUGUAUCCGAGUUGCCCGGAAACCCAAAUGCUAUUUGGACGGUUCGUCGGUCAGUCAGCGAUAUAUAUGACUCUUAUAUUAUUAUUUCAUUCAUCAAUGCUACCUUGGUUUUGUCUAUUGGUGAGACUGUCGAGGAAGUCACCGACACUGGCGUUCUUGCUACAACAUCCACCAUUACUGUUGGUCAAUUGGGAGAAAAUGCUCUUGUUCAAGUUUACCCACAAGGUAUUCGGUAUAUUCGUGCAGAUAAACGAGUCAGUGAAUGGAAAGCGCCUACAAACCAAUCCAUUGUUUCUGCUGCAUGCAAUCAGCGCCAAGUUGUUGUUGCACUUUCAAACAACGAAAUUGUAUACUUUGAGCUGGAUGUUAGUGGCCAUUUAAACGAAUUUCAGGAUCGCAAGGAGAUGUCUAGUCGAGUUUUAUGUUUGUCACUGUCUCCAAUUCCUACAGGAAGACUCCGUGCAAGAUUUUUGGCAAUUGGAUGUGCAGACCUUACAGUGCGUAUCUUGUCACUUGAUCCAGAGUCAUGUCUUCAUCCUUUGAGUAUGCAAGCGCUCAGUGCUCCGCCAGACUCGCUUGCAAUGAUUGAUAUGCCUGAUCCUACUACUGGCGUAUCCAACUUGUUUUUGAACAUUGGUCUUGCCAACGGCGUAUUACUUAAGACGUGUGUGGAUUCAGGCUCUGGUAAUAUGUCGGAUACUCGCAUGCGAUUUCUUGGUUCUCGCGGAGUGAAGCUGUUUUUACUUAAAAUUCAAGGAGAAACUGGAUUGCUUGCACUUUCUAGUCGUCCAUGGAUUUCUUUUACGUAUCACUCUCGAUCUAAACUGAUGCCACUAUCGUAUGAAUCUCUCGAGUAUGGAUCCAGUUUUUGCUCUGAACAGUGCACAGAGGGUAUUGUUGCCAUUACUGGAAACACUUUGCGAAUUUUAAACACAGAAAAACUGGGUAGUGUGUUUAAGCAAGCGUCUAUUCCGUUAAAAUACACUCCUCGCAGGUUUAUUUUUGAUCAGGUUAGCCAAAACUUUGUUGUGAUUGAGUCUGAUCAUGGUGUGUUUUGCCCAUCUGAUCGUGCAAAGAUUCUUGAAACAAAAGCCACACUGGAUGCAGAUGAGGGCACUAUUCCUGAAGAACUUGCUGUUGAACAGUUUGGUCAUUCCAAAGCUGGUCCAGAAAGAUGGGCCUCUUGUAUUCGAGUUAUCAGUCCUAUACAUGGCGAAACGUUACAUUUGGAAGAUCUUGACGAUAACGAGGCCGCAUUUUGUAUUUCCUUUUGUAUUUUUCAAUCCAGUCUUACCACUACACAUAUUGUGGUGGGUACGGCGUCCAACGUCAAUCUAUCCUCAUCAUCAUUCACAGAGGGAUACCUCCGUGUUUACAAGCUGGCUCCUGAUGGAACAAGUCUGGAGUUUUUGCAUAAAACACCCAUUAAAGGUAUACCUAAAGUCAUGUGCUCAUUCCAAGGUCGUCUUCUUGUUGGUGUCGGUAGUCUCUUGCGUAUAUACGAUUUAGGCAAAAAGAAAAUGCUUCGCAAGUGCGAGUGCAAGGGAUUCCCAACGACAAUUGUUACCCUGCAUACCCAAGGCAACCGCAUAAUUCUUGGCGAUGCACAGGAAUCAGUCCACUAUGCCAUGUACAGAGCUUUUGAUAACCGUAUUGUGAUUUUUGCUGAUGAUACUAUUCCACGAUGGGUCACUGCUACAUGCAUGGUUGAUUACGAUACAGUGGUUGGUGGAGAUAAAAUGGGUAAUAUUUUUGUUAAUCGGUUGUCUGCCGAGGUAUCCAAAGGAAUUGAUGAAGAUACUACUGGAAAUCAAGCCAUUUUUGAUCGUGGAUAUUUGCAAGGUGCUCCACACAAGGUUCACCACGAAGCGGAUUUCUUUUUGGGUGAAACGCUCACCUCUUUGACAAAAACAUCGCUUGUCCCUGGAGGUCGCGAGAUUCUUCUCUACACAACCCUAAUGGGAGGCAUUGGUCUUCUCAUUCCCUUUAUCUCUAAAGAUGAUGUAGACUUUUUCCAAACACUAGAGAUGACGAUGCGUAGUGAAUGUCCACCACUCUGUGGUCGCGACCACCUUGCUUACAGAUCAUUCUACACACCUGUUCAUGCCAUCAUUGAUGGUGACUUGUGUGAGAUGUUCAACGUUAUGGUUGGGGAUAAAAAACGUGGGAUUGCAGAAAGUGUGGAUCGGAGUGUUGCCGAUGUUGGUAAAAAACUAGAGGAUAUGCGCACUCGGGUUGCUUUUUAA